AUGUUUACUUUAGCUGUAGAGAAAAUCCUUAAUGGUGUAUUUAAUUUUUCCAUUCCACAAGAGACACAUUAUGAAAUAUACGCUGAUUCCUUCAUUUAUCCUUAUGAUACUGAACAUUUUACCUUUAAAGAUUCAAAUAACAACAUUUUUACCGAAUUUCCACGUAAAUUUACAUCUGGUUCAGAACUAAUUAUCACACCAACAUCACCAGCAGACUACAAAUACCUUCAAUUGCUUUCAGCUUGUUUAUUAAAAAAUUGUUCUAAAAUUGAUUACACAUUUGAUGGAUACAUGAAGACAAAUGAAGCGCCUGGCUAUUACCAAGAGCCUACAUGCUUCGUUUUCUUUACUACAAAAAAUGAUUUCAAUAUUUACAAUGUUAUUCAAGUUCCUAACAACAACCAACUCAUAGAAGUUGAUUCUAAUGCAUUUUAUCCAAGAGAAGCCACAAAUUAUCUUUUUGGUGGCAUAAUUACACUUUACAUUGGAAAUCCGAAGCCGGGAGCUGUUGUACAAGUUUCUGUUUACGAUAUUCAUAUCUACGAACGUGGAUAUUUCAGCUAUAAGUUUACAGAUGAAAUAUCUUUUCGAAUUUUACCGAAAUCAGUAUUUGUUGCAUUCAAAACCGAAGAAUUCACCUUUGAAUCAACUGUUGCACCAAUAAAACCAGGCGUUUUCUACGAUUUUGAACGUCCAUUUGAAAUUAAAGUCAAAAGAGCUGGAGAAAGCGAAAUCGUUGGUACAGUUUCAUUAAUUCAUCCAUAUACACAAUGUUCAAGCCUCGCAGUUGAGAUUUUGAACGAAGAUACGUCGACGUAUUUCUCAUCAACGAAAUAUGACUACGAUGUAAAGUUCGGUGAUAAAAUUUGUUAUGUGUUCACUUCACCUGCCUCCAGAAGAUAUAAAUUUAUAAGUACAGGCCAAAAAAGGCAUUUACAGUUAGAGAUGCAAUAUUAUUAA